GAAUAUCCAUCCAGGGAGUUCUGGGCGCUCAACCUCGUGGCCCCGGUGCCUGGUUUACCAACGACGGCGUCCAACUUUGGAAUACGCAUCUGCAAUCACUUUCGUACUGUACCUACCGUACCAUACCGUAUUCAAGUACUUUGUAUGAACCGUGCCCACUCGCCUACGUACAGACAGUACAGUACACUUCACCGCACAGGCCGGGGCAUACUAGACUAGGUCUGCAUCAACACUGCGUGCAUCUUUCUCAUGUUACUCCUUAUCUUGACCAUGUUACCGAAAGGCAUCAAAAUUGCCGACAUCCAUCUUCACGAACCAGCCUGGAACCACACAAACUUCGGUCCCAUAUCGGUCGGUUCUAGACUAGACUUGAGCUGGCGGCAUGCUCUCUCCCUCUUUCUGUCCGGUCUUUGUGUUUUCCCCUUCAGCCCAGGGCUGACCUGACAUGAUUUUUUGAUUGAUGGAACCCCGGGUUGGUUGACAUGGACGGAUUACACCGUGUGGAGACACCCAGGUCCAUGUCUAGCACUGUAACAAAAAGAAACAAUUCAUCCCGUGGAAUCUGGUUCAAAA